AUGGUCAACCUCACUUCUAUCCUCACCAGUGCUGCUGCAGCCACCUCCCUCAUCAGCACUGUAGUCGCUCACCCUGGCGAGAAGCAUGAUCAUGUGAAGAUCAAGCGUGAGAUCGACGCUCGCGGUCUGCGUGCAGCAGCAGCAAAACGUUCCUUGGCCGGAUGUCAAGACACUCUCAAGCACCGUAGUUUGAUGCGCCGUGCAGAGGCACGUCGCGCAAACACCUUGGAUGCGCUUCGUGAGAAGCGUGGGAUCACUGCAAAGUCCAAAAAGUACCGUCGCGAUCUGGCCCUUCUCCAGGAAUUCGAGACCGUCAACCACAAUAUGACAGGUGUGAUGGAUUACACGCCCAACACUUUCGCCAGUGAGAUCUUCGCUGCAAACACCUCCUGCAUCCUCUCCCCAGAAGUCACCGACGGCCCGUAUUAUGUCACUAGCGAGAUGAUCCGUAAGAACGUUGUCGAGAACCAAAAGGGCAUCGACCUUUACCUAGAAGUCCAAUACGUCGACGUAAGCACCUGUGAACCCGUCCCACAGCUUUACGUGGAUGUGUGGAACUGCAACUCCACCGGCUACUACAGCGGCGUCGAGUCCGGCCAAGGCGGCCUUAACACUACUUUCCUACGCGGAGUCCAAGAGACCGAUGCCGACGGUGUCGUAGCCUUCGAUACCCUGUUCCCAGGUCACUACGAAGGCCGCGCGACACACACGCACCUCCUCGUCAAGACCAAUGUGACUGUUCGCUCCAAUGGUACCACGGGCUCUGAUGGUGCCGUAACACAUAUUGGCCAACUCUUCUGGCCGGAAGACCUGAAGUCCGCUGUCGAAGCUACGGAGCCUUACGCCUCCAACACUCAGGCUUAUACCACCAAUGAUGAGGAUAUGUGGUCUAUCGUCCAGACCGAUAAUGACUUCGAUCCCUUCCCAGAGUACGUGUAUCUUGGGGACAAUGUAGAAGAUGGCUUGAUGGCUUGGAUCCAGAUUGGCAUAAACUCUACAGCUGAUUAUACCGACGAUGAGUACUAUGCUGUUGCCGCGGACUAUCAGGCAGGUGGUGGAGUUGCGAAUGAGAAUGCCAUGGGUGCGGGUGGUGAAGGUGGUGAGGGAGGUAACGGGACUAUGCCGAGCGGAGCUAUGCCUUCAGGCGCUGUUCCCUCUGGCGCUGCUCCAACGGAUGCCUAG